GAAAAAGUCAGCGCCUCUCCUCGCCUCUUGCUUUUCCGACUUGCUCUUCUGCUCCUCCGACCUCCGAUCUUCCUUCUUUGGUCAACGCCGUUGGCCGCACGCGUCGGCGCGGCUAUAUAUUGCUGCGGUCGGGUCGCGGUGGGAUUAUCCUGGUGGAGGAGAUGGAGGACGACGACUGGGACCUGAGCGCGGUGGUGCGGAGUUGCCGGUCGUCAGGGGAGGCGGCGCCAUCGACGAGGGACUCCUUGUGGGUGUUUCCGCGGUCGUUGGAGCAGCUUCGGGUGGUGGAGGACCGGAAAGGAGGCGCCUUUAUAAGUUUAUCGGACGUAUUCAAACGCCGGAGCGGCGUGUUAGAGAUCCCCGAAGUCCAGCCGCUGCCGGGGGAGAAAGGUAGCUCUUUGUCGCCUCUCUCCGCCGCUGUGCUACAGGACGCCGCCGUAGCGGAGUCAAAGCAGCCCCCAGUCUGCCGGAAAGUGGACCGGCCAGUUUCCCAAACUCCCCGCUCCAGGCGAAGGAAGAACCAGCAGAAGAAGGUGGUACAUCACGUCGCCGCCGACGGGCUCUCCUCCGACAUGUGGGCAUGGCGGAAGUACGGGCAGAAGCCCAUCAAAGGCUCGCCUUAUCCACGGGGAUACUACCGCUGUAGCAGCUCCAAAGGCUGCGCCGCUCGGAAACAGGUGGAGCGGAGCCGGACAGACCCGGCGGUGUUCAUCGUCACCUACACCAACGAGCACAACCACCCUAUGCCCACCCACCGGAACUCCCUCGCCGGAAUCACCCGCCCCAAGCUUCCCACCACCCCCACAGGCAACCAGGAAUCGAGUCCUGUUCCCUCCACGGCCGCGCCUCUCUGCGACUCCAUCCUUCCCCAGCAAAACAAAUACUGCGAAGACGGAGCGGCGGAGGAGGUAGAGGCGGAAGACGACGACGAGGAGGCAGAACUGCUCGUGGACGACAUGGAGAUGAUGGGCGAAGACGAUCUGCAAUUUAUGAGCUCGGAGGAGGGAGCCGGCGGGUCGCCGACGGGGGAUAUAGCAGCGUUAUUCGACGGCGACGGUUGCUUCGACGCCCUCCUGUUCCCUCUAUCAUCGCUGCCAUCGAAGGCCGAGUCCAGCAACGCCACUGCAGCUGCUGGUGAAUCUUCCUCUGGUUCAUAACAGAGAAAGAAAAGGAAAGAUCGUAGAGAAGAGCACGCUUCUUGUUUGGGAAAAUUUAGUAAGAAAUCUAGUAAAUUACUUAAAAAUUCGUCGAUCUUAUCAAUGUUGAAUCAUCAUUUCGAGUUUAUGGAACUCGCCGGUCAACAAGAUCGAUUAAGAAAUGUAAAGUUUCUAAGCUUGUGAACAAACUCUCAUGUCUUUGACCG